AUGAGGAAUCUCUCGGUGGUGACUGAAUUUAUCCUGCUGGGCAUCCCACACUCCGAGGGCCUGGAGACGACUCUCUUGGUUUUGUUUUUGUCCUUUUACAUCUUCACCCUCAUGGGGAACCUGCUCAUCCUGCUGGCCAUUGUCUCCUCCUCUCGGCUUCACACUCCCAUGUACUUCUUCCUGUGCAAGCUGUCUAUUUUUGACAUAUUUUUCCCUUCUGUCAGCUCCCCCAAGAUGCUGUUCUACCUCUCGGGGAACAGCCGCACCAUCUCCUAUGCAGGCUGCGUGGCCCAGCUCUUCUUCUACCAUUUCUUGGGCUGCACCGAGUGUUUCCUCUACACGGUAAUGGCCUAUGACCGCUUUGUUGCCAUAUGUUACCCUCUACGCUACACCGUCAUCAUGAGCCACCGAGUGUGCGCCAUCCUGGCCAUGGGGACCUCAUUUUUUGGCUGCAUUCAGGCCACCUUUCUAACCACUCUCACCUUCCAACUGCCCUACUGUGGCCCCAAUGAGGUGGACUAUUACUUCUGUGAUAUCCCAGUGAUGCUGAAGCUGGCUUGUGCGGACACCUCAGCCCUGGAGAUGGUGGGGUUCAUCAGCGUGGGCCUCAUGCCCCUCAGCUGUUUCCUUCUCAUUCUUACCUCCUACAGUCGCAUCGUCUGCUCCAUCCUGCAGAUCCGCUCUGCUGAGGGCCGACGCCACACCUUCUCCACCUGCAGUGCCCACCUCACCGCCAUCCUCCUUUUCUAUAUGCCAGUGGUUCUCAUCUACCUGAGGCCAACCCCAAGCCCAUGGCUAGAUGCAACUGUUCAGCUCCUGAAUAACCUGGUCACCCCCAUGCUGAACCCCUUAAUCUACAGCCUUAGGAAUAAGGAGGUGAAAUCCUCAUUGAGGAAGGUCCUACAUCAAGUGGGCUUCCUUCCUGAGCAGUUGUAG